CGUUGAGACGAAAUCUCUGGAAGACGCUCAUCUCAGGCCGUCUUGCGUGUGUCCGUGUCGAGAGCCCGUGAAUAUCUUCCGUGUAAAGGCGAAGCCCAGCGCGAAAGAAAUUAGUUUACUUUUAAUUUCCCUAACCUAACCCCCAAUGUGGGACUGAAUUGCAUGUGAGAAGUGGUGCCGAGGAUAAUAUUAUCCACGAGAUUUUAUCAGGUGGAGUGGAAUAAUUGUGUGUACACAUUUAACCUCAGUGGCUGAGGAAUGUGGUAGAUAUAUAUUGUUUUCUUUUUUGUGCGGUGCAAUUUUAAUUUAUGAUUUUUACGUCCGGACUGCACUUGUUCGUAUCCGGAUUUUAGAGGAUUAAUGUGCAUUCAUCAUACAUCCGCACAGAAAUUGUGGCACAUUUUCUCCGCAUUGAGUGGAUUUUCACAGCGAACGGCCUCGUAAAAAAGAACUCUCUAAAUCAAUGUCAAUAUUGAUGGAUCUGAUGGGCGCAGAAAGAUGACCUGGCAAAUGAAAAUUAUAGAGUGUCAAAGAAAUGUGAGAGUGCUGCUCGGGACAUGUCUCAUGCGUUACUGACUGACAGAAAAUUAGUCAACAUUGCAGGGGAGACAAGUGUGAAAUGAAGUGUUGAACGCGUUGAUACAGAAAAUGUGGAUUCGCCGUGUUUUCUUUCACGACUUUUAUUUAAUAUGUUUUCAUCGGUUCUCCUCAGCGAAGAUGAUAAAUUGAGAGAAUCUCCAGAACUCACUGCGAGCGAUACAAUUAUGGAAAAAUAUUCAAUCAAGUGAAUUGUACUGAAACUGCGCUUUUUGAGUCGAUGGUGAAGACAAAAUAGUACAAAAGCCAAUGUUGACGAACUAAUAAAAGGCCAUCAUACAGUGGAGAUUUUAACACCAAAGGAAAGUGCUUUUAGUGUAGAUUCUGCUCUUGCAUAAAAUACUCUCUUGCCAUAAAUCUUUCGAAGAAAUCUCCUAUAUAAAGUUUUCCACAUCGCGAGCAACUUGUGAAAUACCCUUAUAUCAAAAUUAAUAUUCUAAUGACAGUGAAAAGAGUGGAAGUUGCCAUUAAUUCAGAUUUGUGUGAGGUUGUAAAUUAAAAUUCGAUUCCUAAAAUGGCCCUCACACGCCAUCACGGCAGUGUGAGUCUCAAACUGUGGCGGAACACCUUUCUGUCCAGGAAUUUAUUCCGCAUCUGGUUAUUGUGUUGGUGUCUUUCAAUAAAUUCAUGGAACCAAAAUACCGCCAAUGCAGCAUACUCCGAAGCGGAUGAUCUUAUAAAUGAAUUGGACAGACCGAUUCCCAUAACGUCGGUCCAGGGAGUGCUGGCCAAACAGGCGAUGCUGCCCUGCGACAUCACCCCGAUGGAGAGGGAUGAUGCAGUGUACAUGGUGCUGUGGUUCAAGGAAGGCGACGGAGAGCCACUAUACAGCUUCGAUGUGAGAGGUCGACAGUUUGGACAAGCAAAACUUUGGUCAUCGCCGACAGCGUUUGGCGCGAGAGCAUUUUUUCGAACCGCCUCGCAUCCGGCUCAGCUUUUAGUAGAUGACAUCAAACUUUCAGAUGAGGGAAUGUACAGAUGUCGAGUGGACUUUCGGAACUCACCAACGAGGAACUUAAAGAUAAAUUUCACAGUUAUUGAACCACCAGACAGACCUAUUAUUUAUGAUGCCCGCAGAAUGGAUCGCACAAAGCUCAUAGAACCCUAUAGUGAAGGCAGCGAUGUUACACUCAUUUGUGAAGUAUCCGGAGGACGACCACGACCCAAUGUCACAUGGUAUUUGGACAAUACCGUCAUUGAUGAAUCGUUCGAACAUCGACCGGACGGUGUCACCGUAAAUCACUUAUCAUACCCAAACAUCGGAAGACAGCAUUUGAAUGCACGACUUGUUUGUGUGGCGAGCAAUACAAAUUUGACGCCCCCUAACAAUAAAGUGGUCAUAUUGGAUGUGAAUUUGAAGCCAGUCGCUGUGCACAUACUCACAAAGGAGAGAGUCGUUUCGGCUGAUAGACGCUACGACGUGGAGUGCAAGAGUUCCGGAUCCAGGCCGGAAGCCGUGAUCACAUGGUGGAAAGGCUCUCGCCAAAUAAAGCGCAUGUCGAAAAACUUCUCUGAAACUGGUAAUCAGUCACUGAGUGUGCUCACAUUUACACCAACCGUUGAUGACGAUGGCAAGUACUUGACAUGUCGAGCGGAGAACCCUUUCAUAGCUGAUAGUGCACUCGAAGAUAAAUGGAGACUUGUUGUUCACUACAUGCCCGUUGUUACCUUGAAAAUGGGCUCUUCUCUAAAUCCCGAUGACAUAAAGGAGGGCGAUGAUGUAUAUUUUGAAUGUGACAUACGGUCCAAUCCUAAGCCCUACAAAAUGGCCUGGUUCCACGAUGGCAACGAGCUACACCACAAUAUCGGAAAUGGCAUAAUACUGUCGGAUCAGUCACUCGUUCUGCAGAGUGUAUCGAGAAAUUCGGCUGGUGAUUACACGUGCUUAGCGGCAAAUAUUGAAGGCAAAGGCACAAGCAACCCGGUUACUCUCAGAGUCAGAUAUGCCCCGAUCUGUGCGGUGGAGCAUGAAGAAGUUCUAGGUGCUCUGAAGCAUGAAACACUGACACUCAAGUGUGAAGUUGAUGCAUCACCACCAGCUGAAUCAUUUCACUGGACAUUCAAUUCGUCUGGGGAACAAACAGAGCUUCCAUCUCGUCUACAUUCGAGCGAGACGGGACUAUCUCGCCUCAACUACACGCCAACGUCGGACUUGGAUUAUGGGACGAUUUCGUGCUGGGGUCGCAACGCCAUCGGACUGCAAAAAACGCCGUGCAUCUUUCAAAUAAUUGCGGCAGGUCGACCAUUUUCCUUGCAGAACUGUACUGUUUCCAACCAGUCGUCGGAUUCUCUUCAUGUUGAGUGCGUGGAAGGUUUCGAUGGUGGUCUACCGCAAGGGUUUCUCCUCGAGCUUGUAGAAAUGCCUGCACUUCGUUUAGCAAGGAACUUAAGCUUAGCGCGAGCGCCAGUCUCCUUCUUCAUCGACAACCUGGAGCCGGGCAGCUCGUAUCGCAUAAUACUGUUUGCUGUGAACGCCAAAGGACGCUCCGAGCCUACAAUUAUCGACGAUAUUAAUUUCAAAGGAGUGGCGAAAUUCACGGGUCCAUCAAGUGUCAGCGUGCAAUUAUCUCCCGUCUUAGCUGGUUUAGCCCUAAUAGCCGCCAUACUUUUUACUGUAGUCUUUUGUGUCAUAAUUGCUCUAUAUCGCCGCAAUUACAGCAAAAAUUCGGCGGUAGAUUUGAAAUCAGCCAAACAUUUACAACUUCCGCUAACGCAAACGGUAGACUGUCAAAUUGAAUUGCCACCGCAUGCAAGAACAGCCAGUGCCACAGUGACACCACUGGUUGGGUGCGAAGCGCUGCACUCCAAUCCACAAAUACCGGCCGAGCCUCCCGAUGCGGAUGACACUGAUCCUGAUGUUAUACCUAAUCAAUACGAGAGACGUCCACUUAAAAACUCCAUGCAGAACCCACUCUUUCGGAGUCCUUCCACGCGUCUCAUUCAGCGGGACUGUCUGGAUGAGGAUCGCAUUGGCGACGGUGCUAGUUUAGUAUCUGUGAAUGGUGGCUCGAGUGGUGACAUCCAUCACUACACCUUCAAGCCUAGUAAACAAAUUAGUUAUGCAACAUUAGGUAGAGUAAAUAAGAAUUCUGCGAGUUGUAGCCCCAUGGGACAGGCUCUUCCGCUGCCGCUCGGUGUUGGAUUGCUCAGUCCGAAUCAAUCUCAUGUGACAUCCUCAUUGAAUGAGUACAGGUUUCGGCCAGAAGUUGUCACAACAUCAAAUCGAAUACAGGAAAGUUGUAUAUAAAAUAUACUCAAUUUGAUAUAAUGUGAAGUGAAAGUCUGUUUAUAGUGCUUAAAUAAAUAAUAAUAGGAAAUUGGUUGAAAGGGAUAUCAUGUUGAAUUGCGCUGAAGAUGAACGCUCCGGGUGAGAAGUUUGGUGAUUAUGGAAAGAGGGUGAAAAUUGGUCUGACGUCGGACGAGCCCAGUGGACAAUAAAUUUUUAAUGUUCCCCAUUUGUAUCAGAAAUCUCUCAAUUAUCCACACACAUGCACAUGUUAAAGAGGGAGCAAUAAUUAAACUACAACAUUUAUACAGAACAGCAUAAUCACAUGACAAAGCUCUACUAAACAUAUCACCAUCGAUGGUCGGGCGAAAAAAAGGGAAAGUACAAGAGCUGUAAAUAAAUAAAUAACAAUAAAUAACCGAGUGAAAUGGCAUAAUUGUGCUCCGGAAUACACCUGUACAGGUGCUCACUAACAGAAUGUUGAUAAGGAAUAUGCCAAUCACGUCGUGGAAAGAAGUGUGAGCGGUUAGAAAGUUGUGUGAACUUUAACUAAAUGAAGGACAUCGAAUGAGAAACACGAAUAAAAGAAUUGUUUGUUCUGCCAAAAUAAACAUUGUGAGAAUGGUAAAAGCUGCUUUGCAUAUAAAGUGAAUUUUUUUUUUCACCAACCCAUCAUAUACAUUUUCGGUCUCUUUUUUCCCUCUGAAAAAAAGGAACUUUUUUUUUUACUGAUGUUCAACUGUUAAGUAUUUUCUUUUGAACGGCGGAAGGUAUAGAGCCUGAAAUAGGUGACAAAAACACAAGAAAAAUAGCAUGGAAAAUGUGUAUUCGUGUGCGAAUGAGGUUAGGAUAAUGGCAAAAUGCUUCGGGAGGUUCAUGUUCAAACGAUAAUAAUUCACACAUAUACCCCAAAACAUAUCUCUCCAAUUCGUCUGGGGACAUCUGCAUUUUCUUUGAAAACUAUACUCAAACGACAGCAAGUAUAAUUAAAUACUCGUGGUGCAUAAUGCAACCUCGGCAAGCGAGAAUAGGUAUAUGUUGAUACACUAAAGCGCAAAGUGAUUUUGUACAUAGAAUCUCAUUAUAAAUUUAUUGAUCCCAAAAUUGCGUCUUCUCAAGAGUGAGUUCUGUUUUAUGCAUCUUCUCUAUUCACACUUGAAUGGGAGAUUAUUGAAAAUUUCAAAUGAAAAUAAAAUCAUAUCAAAAAUUAUAUCACACUUAUUAAUUGAUAAUGUUUUUUCAAGUGCCAAACGAUUUAAAAAAAAUGAUGCGAUUUUAGAAUUGAAGUAUUGUUAUUUUUUAAUGUUACAAAAUCUCAGUUGAAUCAUAUCAAAUGUGACAGAUGUUUAGUAUUAUAUAUAUAUAUGAAUGUAUGUAGGAAAUGAAAACAUAUUUCUUUGAAACUGAUACAUAUGAGAGCAUAUAAUUUUUCGUCCCUCUGAUUCCCGUGAGAAAACCAUCUUUUAUACUAUAUGAAUUGUAUAUGCGUCAAUUUGAAGUAUGACUGUAAUUGUGAAUACUUAGAGGGCGAAAAUAGUAUAUAGUCAGUAAGAUAAGUAAGAGUCAUAAGGCAAGAAAUAUCCGACAUGUAAAAAGAAAACAUUUUAUGAAGAAAAGAAAAUAAAUUAUUGUCAAAACUCGAGCUUUUUAUUUGAUUUACUUUGAAUUAAGUAAUUUCUUUAUACGUAUUUCUUAACGUU